AUGGCGGCGGUGGCGGCGGGCGCGGCGGCCCCUCAGCAGCCGCCGCCGCCUCAGCAGCCGCCGCAGCCGGCGGGAGGCGGCGGGAGUGGUUCCGGGGAGGCGGCGGGAGCCGCGGGUGGUGCCGGAGGCGGCGGCGGAGGUGCCGGAGGCGGCGGCGGCGCAGCCGGGCCUGCGCCGGGCUCGGGGUCGGGCGGCGGCGCGGCCGCGGGCGAGUCGUGGUACCUGGCGCUGCUGGGCCUGGCCGAGCAUUUCCGCACGUCCAGCCCGCCCAAGGUGCGGCUGUGCGUGCACUGCUUGCAGGCCGUGCUGCCCCGCAAGCCCCCGGCCCGCAUGGAGGCCCGCACGCACCUCCAGCUCGGCUCCGUCCUCUACCACCACACCCGCAACGGCGACCAGGCCCGCGGGCACCUGGAGAAGGCGUGGCUGAUAUCCCAGCAGAUCCCCCAGUUUGAAGAUGUGAAGUUUGAGGCAGCCAGUUUGCUGUCAGAGCUCUACUGCCAGGAGAAUUCCGUGGACACGGCCAAGCCCCUGCUGCGCAAAGCCAUCCAGAUCUCCCAGCAGACUCCCUACUGGCACUGCAGGCUGCUCUUCCAGCUGGCUCAACUGCACACGCUGGAGAAGGAUUUGGUGUCGGCCUGUGACCUGCUGGGCGUGGGGGCUGAGUACGCGCGCGUGGUGGGCUCCGAGUACACCAGAGCUCUCUUUCUGCUCAGCAAGGGGAUGCUGCUGCUGAUGGAGAGGAAGCUGCAGGAGGUUCACCCGCUGCUGACGCUGUGCGGGCAGAUCGUGGAGAACUGGCAGGGCAACCCCAUCCAGAAGGAAUCCCUCAGGGUCUUCUUCCUGGUCCUGCAGGUCACGCAUUACCUGGAUGCCGGCCAGGUGAAGAGCGUGAAGCCGUGCCUGAAGCAGCUGCAGCAGUGCAUCCAGACCAUCUCCACCCUGCACGACGACGAGAUCCUGCCCAGCAACCCCGCCGACCUCUUCCACUGGCUGCCCAAGGAGCACAUGUGUGUGCUGGUCUACCUGGUGACAGUGAUGCAUUCCAUGCAGGCAGGCUACCUGGAGAAGGCUCAGAAGUACACGGACAAAGCCCUCAUGCAGCUGGAGAAGCUCAAAAUGCUGGACUGCAGCCCCAUCCUGUCCUCAUUCCAAGUGAUUCUGUUGGAGCACAUCAUCAUGUGCAGGCUGGUCACAGGACACAAAGCCACAGCCCUGCAGGAGAUCUCCCAGGUGUGCCAGCUGUGCCAGCAGUCGCCCAGGCUCUUCUCCAACCACGCUGCCCAGCUGCACACGCUCCUGGGUCUGUACUGCAUCUCUGUCAACUGCAUGGAUAAUGCAGAAGCACAAUUCACUACAGCACUGAGGCUCACAACCCACCAGGAGCUGUGGGCGUUCAUUGUCACCAACCUGGCCAGCGUCUACAUCCGCGAGGGCAAUCGGCACCAGGAGCUCUACAGUUUAUUGGAAAGGAUAAAUCCCGACCACAACUUCCCAGUGAGUUCCCACUGUCUGCGGGCUGCAGCGUUCUACAUCCGAGGGCUCUUCUCCUUUUUCCAGGGAAGAUACAACGAGGCCAAGCGCUUUUUGCGGGAGACGCUGAAGAUGUCGAACGCCGAGGACCUGAACCGCCUGACGGCGUGCUCGCUGGUGCUGCUGGGCCACAUCUUCUACGUGCUGGGCAACCACAGGGAAAGCAACAACAUGGUGGUGCCAGCCAUGCAGCUGGCCAGCAAGAUCCCAGACAUGUCCGUGCAGCUCUGGUCCUCCGCCCUGCUCCGGGACCUGAACAAGGCGUGUGGCAAUGCCAUGGAUGCCCACGAGGCCGCCCAGAUGCACCAGAACUUCUCCCAGCAGCUGCUCCAGGACCACAUCGAGGCCUGCAGCCUCCCCGAGCACAACCUGAUCACGUGGACGGAUGGACCCCCCCCAGUCCAGUUCCAGGCCCAGAACGGCCCCACCACCAGCCUGGCCAGUCUGCUGUGAAUUCCAGC